GCGGGUUCAGCGUGUUGAGGCAGGACGCGUGGCCUCGCCGUACCAUUUCUUCAACCUAAUUCUGUGAGACACCUCAGACACUCAUACCGGGAGCUUUCGUGUCGAGUUCUCUUGGAAAGAAGGUGAUGUUAAAUGACAAAUGCAGGACAAGGAUUCACAGAUGAGCUCAGCGGGAGACUUCAGAGAUCCAGACUUACAUCAGCCUCGAGGUGGGAGGAAGACUGUGCAGAAGAGAACCUUCACCAGGUGGAUGAACGUCUUUCUGCAGAAAUGCAAGCCUCCAAUUGAGGUACAUGACCUGUUCACGGACAUCCAGGAUGGUAAAAUACUGAUGGGCCUGCUGGAGGAACUCACCAGCUGCAAACUGCUUUACAGGUUCAGAUCAUCUCCUCACCAUAUUUUCAGACUGAACAACAUUGCUAAAGCUCUGGCUUUCCUGGAUGACAGGCAUGUGAAGCUGCUCAGCAUUGAAGCUUCCGGGAUCGCGGAUGGUGUUCCUUCGGUUGUUCUCAGUCUGAUCUGGAGCAUCAUCCUGCAUUUCCAGAUCAAGGAGGUGACAGCAGGCCUCCAGCGGCAUUUGUCAUCCAGCCUUUCAUCCUUGUCAGUGAGCAGCUCUCCUUCUAGUGACCUCUCACCGCUGCCCACAGACACUGUUGGGAACUUUUCCAGUCAAACGUUGCCAAGCAAAGGCAGGAAACCUGCCAGGGGGUCAAGGUAUCACGGGAAAGCUAUCAAGACGCUCCUAGACUGGGUCCAAAGAUGCACAUCAAAGUUUGGUGUGGAGGUGCAUGACUUUGGGAAGAGCUGGAGGAGUGGCCUGGCGUUCUUAGCACUGAUUAAGUCCAUAAACCCAUUCUUGGUUGACCUGAGGAACAGCCUGUCCAGGAAGCCUGGAGAAAACAUGAAGGAGGCCUUCAUGAUAGCUCAUCAGAGUUUGGGUGUACCACCCCUACUGGAGCCUGAAGAUGUAACAUGUAACUCACCAGAUGAGAAGUCCAUCAUCACCUAUGUGUCCAUGUUCCUGGGCCAUUAUUCAGCCACGCAUGAGGAUCAGAUGUCCAAUACCGAAAUGAGUGUAAACAUCCCUGAGAUCCCAAAUUUUGGAUCACUUGAAUCAGUCAGCUUUGGAGACACACAGGCUGAUGACCCAAAAGUUCAAGCUUUGCUCAAGAGCCUGGAGAAGAGCAAUGAGCAGCGACUGUGGAAACGGUGGGCCAGAAGAUCCUCAGGGGGGACUCGUGGAGCCUGGGUUUCCGAAAAGCCUGUAGGCAACCACAAAGGGACAAGCAGGCAUUUAAGCGUCUUUGGGCCAAUCAGUCCAUUGGCCGUAGGUGUUGGCAGCCAGGAGAUUCAAUCGUGGAUAGAGAACUCCACCUCGGGUCCAGGCUACACCAAGUUCAGAGGAGAUGAGAGUCACUUUUCUUUGAGCUCAGAGGAAGGAAUCUACAACUUAUCAGUGCUGGAUUCCGAUGAGGAGGAAGCAUACAGCUACAUCCUGGAACUCAACAAAGAGGUUUUCCAAUCGUGUGGUCAGCAGAAACAUCAAGUGGCAAGAGUGGAAGAGGAAACGGAGGAAGAAAUGAUGUUAAAUGGGCAGGAGGUGUUACACAACAGCAAUCGGGAAGGUCAAGAUUUUGAAGAUGAAGCAGAAGUUAGAGCUCCUUCAGCAGGUCAGAUGAAAGCAAGAAGUUCAUUCAGAGAGCCGGUGAACAAUAAGUGUGUGCUUUAUGAAAGCUGGAAACACAAAUCCGUUAAUGAUGAUAAUGGAAAGAAGAAAGAAUGGAGGCAGGAGAAGAUGGAGAAUGAUAGACUGGUGAGGUCUGGUUUUGAAGCAGAGCUUUCUGAAACAGGUCGACCAGCGAGGGGAACCAGACUGUUCGAGCAAGACGAGACCUCAGAGAAAGGGCACGAUCAACGGUUAGUACGAGGAAGAGAGGACGAGGAGAGUGAAGACAGCGAAACAAGGGUUAAAACACACCCGUGUGAAGAAAAGGCACCGGAAAUAAAAUAUGACACAGAGCCAGGUGCUGAUAUCGGUCGACUCUUCAGCGCCACCUGUCAGUCAAUCAGCAGUGAUGGAGGUGGCGCUCUUCAGUCCUUAGCAGCCUGCUGUGAUGUAACCCCAUUAGAGCUGCAAGUGCUCUUGGUGCUGUGGAUCCUGGUCUACUGCUGCCUCGUCCUACCCAAGAUGAACUUUUGAGGCCCCCCCCGUGGUGCACCCUCCUCAUUAAGAUAUGCUUAUUAGCCCAGUUUGCACUAAUGAUCCAAACAGGGAUACUUCAGGCACAGUUGACUCUUUACCUCUGUUGUGAAAACUUCCCUCAGGACAACAUUUUAAUGAUUAUGUUUGCUUCUUUUUGUAAGCAGAAAUUAUUUAUCUGUCGGGCUAUAGCUUCACAUAAACAAAUAAUGGUGUUAUCCCCAUGACUGCUCAGAUUGCACGAGUUAUCCGACACUGUCCAUCUGGUGAUCUUUGCAGAAGGCACCUGCUAAAUAAAUGCUCAGUGUAAUUGUGUCAUUAACAAAAAUAAAUAAAUAAAAUCAUUCACUCUUCUUUAUAAACCACAUGGUGGCAUUACAGGAUCAGAUCAGAUGUUCCACGUGAUGUAAAAGUGCUGCAGGCUGCUUGCACAGGGUGACUGAUCAGCUCCUACGGCCACUCGCAAACCAAAGACCUGCUGUGUUCUCUUGAAUCUGUUGCUGCAUUGAAAAGAUUGAGCUGAUAAUAUUUAAUGAACACUUUGAUAUGUUGGAUUUUUCUCUGAAUGUUUCUUUCUUCUGAUGCCACAUUUGAUUGUUUUAAAGCUGUACGGCCUUUCAAAUUUCAAAAAAGUGACCAAAUUUAGUUUGUACUGAAAUCAAAGCAUUAUGAUCUCAGCUCAAUUUUGCUACAUGUUGCAAAAUUACAGCUCAUUUUAAUGAAGAGAGCUUAUUUAUCAGGGGGUGGGUGGUUGAAUUCCAUGGUGAAUAUUGUCUUAUAGAGAGGUAGAACUUUAUUGAUCCCUUGGAUAAGGUCCCUUAGUGAAAUUAAUGUUCCAUUUGCAGCACAGCACCAAUAAGAUCAAUAAAAAAAAAAUUCCUUCUAACGCCACCGUGCAGACAGACUGUAGGAGGCAGCGCGUGUGUGCAUGCACGAGGUUUUCAGAUCACCCGUGACCUGACCCACUUGCUUGAUGCACAUUCCCUGGGUGUGCACACUAACAUCUGUAAGAUGUCUUGUAAAUCACUUCAGAGAUGUUAUCUGGUUCCAAAAACAGCAUUUUAAAAUUUACAAGUGUUUAUUCCUUGCUAAUUUUUUUUUUUUGAGAAAGAUAUUAGAUUCAUACAGGAACUAGAGCACAGCGCAAUCCUCCGCCAACACUAGUUUCCAAUUCCACAAAUUUUUACCUUUGAAACACUUUUCAAGAUGAAAGUCCUGUUAGAAAGUGACUUUCAUAAGUUAAAAUAAAAUACAAAAUACAGCUCAAAGGAGCUUUUCUAUGUUAAUACCAAAUAUGUGCUAAAUCUGCAAUACGGAUCAGAUGUGGAUCAAAUUUAGUCUUUUCAUUCAGAGUGCCAGGUUGCACCUCAUUGCCACAAAUGAGCGUGAAUGAUGCACUUUUGAGAUAUAAUGCAAAAUGUACAUCAAAUGGGCUUUUCAAUAUUAAAUUCAAAUGCCCACAAAAUCCACAAUCCGGAGCAGAUCUGGAUCAAACUAUUUCAGGUGAUACUGA